AUGAAGUUCCCCAAUUCUGUGCUGUUCGUGGUUUCCACAUUAUCUUGGACACUUCGAGCUGGAUGUCUUGCUCAUCUAGUACAUGAAAAUGUUUACGAAUUUACAGAAACAAGAGGUGAAUCUAUGUUACCCACUUUACAUAAUCAGAAUGAUUUUGUUCAUACGUUCAAAAAAUAUAAAUUAGGAAGAGGGGUCGAGAUGGGAGAUAUGAUAGUAGCUAUGAAACCAAGUGAUCCAGAACAUAGAGUAUGUAAACGAGUGACAGGGAUGCCUGGAGAUAUUGUAUUGGUUGACCCUUCGUCCUCUUCAUUUUUAACAAAUUCCUCGGCAGACGUUAUACAGCAUGAUGGAUUUAAUAAAUAUAUCCGAAUACCUGAAGGUCAUGUAUGGUGUACUGGAGACAACUUGUGUCAUUCGUUGGAUUCUAGAUCAUAUUCCGUACUUCCAAUGGGGUUAAUCACUGGGAAAAUAGUUGGUGCCAACUCGAUGGAUGAUGGUCUCAAGGGAUUUUUCAAUUUUAGGCGAAUUACAAAUACCUUUACUGACGAGAAAUGA